AUGCUAUGGCCGUAUCACACACGCCUGACCUUGGUCUUGGUGGCAUUGGCGUGUCUAGUCGCUGGUGCUGCCGCCUCAUGCACUGGAUAUUCGGACAGUUGUGCCUCCAACCCGAUUCCGCACAAUCGGUUUACUGCCGUCAACUAUCACGUUGAUACGUGCAACCUUAAGUGGACGCGAGGAUGCGCCGUCUUGGGUAAAAAAGCAUGGAGCAGAAACCACCGCCCUUCUCUCUCUGGUAUGCAGAAUAACUUCGCUCCAGGCUCACCUAAAGUCACGCUGCACGGACUAUGGCCAAGCUCUAUAGGUGGGAGCGGAGAUAAGAAUCAGCCCUAUAGCUGUAAGCAUGGUUCAGAAUUCGACGAAUCGUACCUCGAAAUCUUUGGAGCCCUGUUGCGUUACUAUUGGCCGACCGACUCCAAGUACAACAACACCAUGCAGUGUUUCAUCCUGUCCGAGUGGAUGAAGCACGGCAUGUGUGCCGUCAUACCUGGUGCUGACGGGAGCGCUUUUCGCCUGCCACAAGAAGCAUACUACCGCACGGCUUUUGUGCUGACCAAUGAGUACAACGCCAACCCGGCUCUGCGAAGACGGCUGCAGGAUAUAGAACCGAUCAUCAGUGCCAGCUGCGUGCAAUGUGCGUAUCUCGCCACAAUCGGAUGGACGGAAAGCACGCCCUUAUCCCUAAACAUGCGCUUACGAGCCUCGAUCCGACUGACAAAUUGUAUUGAAAAACUGUGUGGCCUCGAGGUGGCUUUCUUCGCGUGUAAUCACACCGGCGCCCCGGCACCCGUCGACUUUUACGCCGCAAUGGACACUCCUAACUGUGGUAACUUCCUCAUGUUUCGCUGUAAGUCAUCUUCGGCCCCGUGUUGUGUCUUCUCUCCCAACAUCAACCCUGCCGCCGCUCCACUGCAGCACUCAGCGGUCAGCAAGGCGUCUAAGCUCAGCUCUCUGAGCCCAUAUCAGCCGGGCAUUGCCGGAGUACCUUUGGCGCUGCUGGGCAUAUGGCGCUCACUCCAAGUAUCCAACCACUACCAAGAGAGACUGGCUCGAUGGAACUUCACUGCCAAUGGCCAGGCAUCGUUGGAAUGGCCGAAUUACCCAAGUCGCGGAGUGCAGCGCUACGUAGUCACCCAUUCAGACGAUGGUCGCAAUACAAUAUUCCUCGCCAGUACCAGUGGCAGCAUCUCCACCUGCCACUUCCAGUUCCAAUAUCAUCCUGUAUAUUCCUACGCUACCAUUCGUUGCGGAGCGCUGAAUCGACUGGCGCCAGAUGAUUUGGCAGAAAGCUUCCUCCCGCCGCACACGCAAUGGGCUAUAGGUCGUUGCAACCCAUGCAGCUUACACUGUUCCUACUCCUGUGGCCCUGAGAACGACUACUGCGGAGCGGGUUCAUGCGACCCUGCCAAGACGGUGCCAUCCACCCACCCCCCACGGCCACGCGAGGUUACAGAUCUGCUCAAGGUACGCCACGAUUGGUGCACGCCUGAUGACUCCAGCUGCUGGCCCACCAAGACAACCAUCCAAGAGCUGGAGCAAGAGUUAGACCCCAAUGAACCAAGGCUCGGUCUCCAGUGGACUGGCUACCCGCAGCCGCAGCCCGCACCGGUGCCGACCGGCUCCUUCAACAACCAAUCCUGUUAUGGUCUGGGGAAUACGGCUAUGGGGUUCAAGGCCUUGUAUUAUUAUGUGGAUGUGGAUGAGAUGAGACGCUCAUGCUUCAAGCCAUCCAGCAACUCCACAGAAUGGAACAACGUGUCAGACAUGUGCAAGGCGGCUCUCCACCAGAAUGAGUACCGAGAUUGGAAUCCAUUCAUUGUGGUGUUCCCUCUCAACGAGCGACAUGUUGCCAGAGCCUUGAGCUUCGCCGUCCGCCACCGGAUAUGCAUCUCCACUUCCGGUUCGGGCCACGAGUACAACAGUCGCAACUCCUGCCCGACCGGUGGAAUCCUCAUUCAAGUCAGCACGCAGGCAGCAUUCUUCAUCGACACUUCCAAUUAUACGACCGGCGGUCUAUGCGCAGUCACAUGGAAAUUCAAUGUUGAAUAUUUCUACGCAGGAGGAGAGAAAGAGCCGAAUUACCGUCUUUUCCGCGACCGACUCAAGUCAGUGCUGGAGGUGACGGCCAUAGAGGAGCGUAACUUCAAGUCAGCCUUUGACUACGUGCUCAGCAUGCCGGCCGACAAAUUCCUACUCUCCGUCGGUAACCCCCUCCCUACUCCGCACCCGCCUUCUGACAAUGCUACUGGCUCCCAAAACUCGGUUUUUGUCUCACGACCGACAAGGCAUGGAAACAAAGUUCGCCCCCACAAUGAUGGAGGUGCUGGAUAUUUGUGUGACAUCCUUGAUGCAUCCUGA